AUGACUCUCCCCCUGCGCGCUGCUUCGAGUCUCUCGAGUCUGGGUGGAUGCUCGAGCUUGUCUAUGCGGAUGGACUCGGCGGUGGGACGUGAUGGGGUGUUGGAGUACCCUGUGGAGACGGGGUUGAGGAAGGAUACGAAAUGUGUUGUUGUGGGUGAUGGUGCUGUGGGCAAGACGUGCCUGCUGAUCAGCUACACCACGAACAAGUUCCCGUCAGAAUAUGUACCGACAGUGUUCGACAAUUAUGCGGUUACGGUGAUGAUCGGAGACGAACCAUACACCCUCGGACUCUUCGAUACCGCAGGUCAAGAAGACUACGACCGACUACGACCCCUCUCCUACCCUCAGACCGACGUCUUCCUUGUCUGCUUCUCCGUCACCUCACCCGCAUCAUUCGAGAACGUCCGAGAAAAGUGGUUUCCCGAAGUCCACCAUCACUGUCCAGGCGUGCCGUGUCUGAUAGUCGGCACGCAGACCGACUUAAGAGAUGACCCGCAGGUACGGGAGAAAUUAGCAAAGCAGAAGAUGACUCCGGUACGAAAGGAGGACGGCGAGAAGAUGGCGAAGGAGUUGGGGGCGGUGAAAUAUGUGGAGUGUUCGGCUUUGACGCAGUUUAAGCUGAAGGAUGUUUUUGAUGAGGCCAUUGUGGCAGCUCUGGAGCCACCCGCAGUGAAGAAGCCGAAGAGAAAGGGAAGAGGAUGCAUACUUCUUUAG